AUGCAAGAAGAUGAAAGGUUUUCAAAACAAUCGGACUCUAGAAAUCAUUUAUCAAACCAACGACAUCAAGAAACUGAUGGAGAAGCCGAUGGACACUUGGAGGAAGUUGUUGUUGAAUCUGUUGUUGAGGAACGAAGUGAAUCCAUCGCGUGGUCUGACAUGCCAACAUCUCAAUUGCCUUCGCUCGAAUCAAAUCUAGACACAGAAAAUCCUUCAAGGAUCUCAAUAUCUUCUGAAGAUGAUGAUGAUUCUGAAGACUCUAGUCAUUCAGAAGAAUAUAGUCCUUCAGAUGAAGAAGGGAAUCACUCAGAAAAUGAGGAUCAUUCUGACUCACUGGAGGAUAGCAAUUCGAGCGAUAGUUCGAUCAUUGAGACAACUUCUUAUGAUGACAGUUUAUUGUCUAGAAAAAAGAUUGAUGCUUCCGAACAAUUCAUUGGUUUCCA